CCUCAGGGCUAUGGGACUCACCUGAUGAACCACCUGAAGGAGUACCACAUCAAGCACAACAUCCUCUACUUCCUCACCUAUGCGGACGAGUAUGCCAUCGGCUACUUCAAAAAGCAGGGCUUUUCCAAGGACAUCAAGGUCCCCAAGAGCCGCUACCUGGGCUACAUCAAGGACUAUGAGGGGGCGACCCUGAUGGAGUGUGAGCUGAACCCUCGCAUCCCCUACACUGAGCUCUCCCACAUCAUCAAGAAGCAGAAGGAGAUCAUCAAGAAACUGAUCGAGAGGAAACAGGCACAGAUCCGCAAGGUCUACCCUGGCCUGACCUGCUUCAAGGAGGGUGUGCGGCAGAUCCCCAUCGAGAGCGUCCCUGGCAUCCGAGAAACGGGGUGGAAACCACUGGGGAAGGAGAAGGGGAAGGAGCUGAAGGAUCCAGACCAGCUCUACAACACCCUCAAGAACCUUCUGGCCCAGAUCAAG